GGUCGAUCCGAUUCUGGUCUUGUCUUUUCACUCCUCUCUUUCAACACCCCCUGCUUCGUCGAUUUGCAUCUGCAUCCGGCAGCCAUGUCCGUCUGGCCAGUCUCCCACAGUUGAUUCUCUAGCUUUAUUCCUAAUUUUAGAGCCUCUUUGAUCCGUAGCCGCCCGGUUGUUGAACCUGGUGGAUCGGUCAAGCCUUGCCACAAAGUCGUGUCGUGUGCUUACCUGCCGCUUGCCGACACCAUCCAUUUGCAUCACCGCAGCUGUUGGUAAAUCCAUGAUCAAACAUAGGCACCCACUUCACCCCCUCGCACCAGCAUAUCGCGUCAUAUCCCUUGAUCGGUCAUGGUUUCUCUCUCGUCGGCAACGCGCAGCCCAGCGGCUCCCCGACCGACCAACCCCUCCAAGAUGCUAGCCACGUCGUCACCCGUGCCGAUCUUGAAAACCUCCAAAAUCAAUACCCCCACCGCGGGGAUCAAACACAGGAUGGAAGAGAUGGAUCUGUCGUUAUCACCGGCCUCGUCGGUCACGUCGGACCCAGACGCCCACCCGAGUCCCCGGAAGCGGACCAGGGUCCAGUUCGAGAAAAACGUCGAAAUGCGGGAAAUGUCAGACCACGAGGAAAAGGCGCCGCCGAUUACGAGGGCACCCGGCAAGAGCGCGGCUGUGGUGCGGGAGGAGGUGCGCAGGGCCAUCCAGCGGCACGUCUCGGGAGCGGACAGCGAAAGCUAUGACCGCAUCAAGGAGGUCUUUGCGGUGGAUCCCCGGCGACGGGAUGAGGACGGGCAUUUAUCACCUGAUGUACCUACACACACUUCAUUGAGACACCAUCUGUUGGGACUUUUGUCCAACGUCGCCGCCCUGGAUCGCAGUUGCGAUGGGCUGGUGAGCGCUGUGCUGAACAGCGAAUGGCUCGGGCGGGACGAGUCGUACAUCAAGCUGUAUAUCCGAUUCCUUGGUAAUCUGGCGGCCGCCCAGGGUACCCAUCUGCGGUCGGUGCUGAAAAUGCUGGUCGGGUAUCUGGGGGAGCUUCCCAAGGGUACCGGUAAACUGCCAGGCUAUGGCCUCGUCCAGAUACCAGAUAUCUACACCCGGGUGCACAUGGCGCUACGCCAUGUGAUGCAGUUGAUCCCUUCUGGUAGCGGCACGCUGUCUCCGAUCCUGUCGAUGCAGUUCCCGUUCGACAAUGAUCCGGCCAAGACCAACAUUGCGUACACCAGGAAUCUGAUCCGUGUCAUUGGCUACGCACCGGAGCUGCAAGCCGACAUCCUCGCUCUCGUGACCGAGAAAUUGGUGAAGAUCGAUGUGCAGAUCCAGGUGGACAUGGAAGACAUCGAGGACGAGGAAGGCGAGGAUGUCCUGCACAAUGUAUCCCCGGAAGCACUGGUUGAGGAAGACGACGACGACAACGCAUCGGUCAUGAGCGACGAGUCGGUGGACCCGGAGACUCGCCGCGUCAAGGCGAUCAAGGAGAACAUCGUCAAGCUGGAUGGCAUGAUCGACUCGCUUUUCGAGUAUUAUGCCCCUCCGUUCACCAGUGGCACUUUGGACGACAAGGAGAACGCCCUGGAUCUGCUGUUGAGCCACUUCCAAACCAUUGUCCUGCCGACUUACCGCUCGCGUCACACCCAAUUCCUCCUGUUCCACUACUCCCAGUCGUCUUCCAUCCUCGUGGACCGCUUCGCCGCCACAUGCAUCUCGCUCAUCUUCAACAAGACACAACCUGCUAUCAUGCGCCAGUCGGCAGCCGCCUACCUGGCCAGCUUCGUCGCCCGCGGUGCCCACAUCUCCGGUGAGGUCGUCCGUGACGUAUACGACCUCCUCGGCACGCACUUGAACAACCUCCGUUCCGAAUGCGAAUCCUCCUGCCGCGGCCCAGACCUCCGCCGCUACGGACCCUUCUACUCGACGGCGCAGGCCCUCCUGUACAUCUUCUGCUUCCGCUGGCGCGACCUAACGACGGCCGCCAUUGAAGGCGACACGCCCGAACAAGUCGACGACCUCGAGCCAGAAGACAUCAUCUUCCCGCCAUCAGUCAAGAGCGUGCUGCAACAAGCCAUCCACUCGAAGCUCAACCCACUCAAGGUGUGCUCCCCGGCGAUCGUGGCGGAAUUCGCACGCAUCUCCCAGCACCUGAACUUCAUGUAUGUGUUCAGCAUUCUCGAGACGAACAAGCGUCUGCGCAUCUCCUCCUACCGCAACAUGGCCGCCCUCGCCGAUCCCCGCUUCAGCCAGGUUGAGCGCGAGAUUCGCGCUGGCGAUGAUCUCGGGUAUCAGCUUGAUGCGUACUUCCCGUUCGACCCGUACCAGCUGCCUCGCAGUCGCCGCUGGUUGGAGGGUGACUAUAUCGAGUACCGGGGUAUUCCAGGCCAAGGCGAUGACGACUCGUCCGAGAGUGAGGUUGAUGAUGACCUCGACAGCCUGAGUGAUGGGACUGGUACGGAUGACGAUGAGUAAACUUCCUCCCGAUUCCAUGCCUCAGACGCGCCUUCCUUCCCAGGCUUGUCUAUAUAAAAAGGCGUCCACAUAAGGAAAGAUCGAGAGACGCGAGUUCCUCCCUAAAAUACCCGAGUGAUUGCCAUUUGCAACACCUCGUCUUGGUUGCAUUAAGCAACAAAAAAAACAACCCCCAAAACCAGUGCUUGCAAAAAGUUUACCACGGAGUCUGCUUUUUUUUUUUCUUCUUUAUUUUGAUACACCGUUAGCGUGGCGUUCGGAGAUCAUCAACCUACCUACCCUACCCGACUUCUCAUCAACCCUUUGAUCUGAUUUUAUUUGAUUGUUCUAUUCUCUAUUCAUAUUGUGUAUGCGCUUGCUUGAUCUGUCGAUCGCUAGAUACCAUACUGUUGUUUCUUGCUUCUGAUUUGAUAUUUGAUUGAUUGAUUAUGAGGAGAUGAGAUGGGAUGAUACUGAAGAGAACUUGAACGGAGCUGGACAUGAUACACAGGUGUGAAC